GAGCCAAAGCCUGAGCCUUCUCCAACGCCAAACCCUGAGCCUUCUCCAACGCCAAACCCUGAGCCAGACCCUGAGCCUUCUCCAACGCCAAACCCUGAGCAUUCUCCAACGCCAAACCCUGAGCCAAAGCCUGAGCCUUCUCCAACGCCAAACCCUGAGCCUUCUCCAACGCCAAACCCUGAGCCAAACCCUGAGCCUUCUCCAACGCCAAACCCUGAGCCUUCUCCAACGCCAAAGCCUGAGCCAAAGCCUGAGGCUUCUCCAACGCCAAACCCUGAGCCUUCUCCAACGCCAAACCCUGAGCCAAAGCCUGAGCCUUCUCCAACGCCAAACCCUGAGCCUUCUCCAAUGCCAAAGCCUGAGCCAAACCCUGAGCCUUCUCCAACGCCAAACCCUGAGCCUUCUCCAACGCCAAACCCUGAGCCAAAGCCUGAGCCUUCUCCAACGCCAAAGCCUGAGCCUUCUCCAACGCCAAACCCUGAGCCAAACCCUGAGCCUUCUCCAACGCCAAACCCUGAGCCUUCUCCAACGCCAAACCCUGAGCCAAAGCCUGAGCCUUCUCCAACGCCAAACCCUGAGCCUUCUCCAACGCCAAACCCUGAGCCAAACGCUGAGCCUUCUCCAAUGCCAAACCCUGAGCCUUCUCCAACGCCAAACCCUGAGCCAAACCCUGAGCCUUCUCCAACGCCAAACCCUGAGCCUUCUCCAACGCCAAAGCCUCAGCCAAAUCCUGAGCCUUCUCCAACGCCAAACCCUGAGCCUUCUCCAAUGCCAAACCCUGAGCCAAACCCUGAGCCUUCUCCAACGCCAAACCCUGAGCCAAACCCUGAGCCUUCUCCAACGCCAAAUCCUGAGCCUUCUCCAAUGGUAAACACUGAGCCAAAGCCUGAGCCUUCUCCAACGCCAAACCCUGAGCCUUCUCCAAGGCCAAACCCUGAGCCAAACCCUGAGCCUUCUCCAACGCCAAACCCUGAGCCUUCUCCAACGCCAAACCCUGAGCCAAAGCCUGAGCCUUCUCCAAUGCCAAACCCUGAGCCAAACCCU